UCCAAGUACUCCACUGCCACCCCUCUGUUCAAGUAUACCGCGUCCACCGCCACCCCUCUGUCCAAGUAUACCGCGUCCACCGCCACCUCUCUGUCCAAGUAUACCACGUGCACCGCCACCCCUCUGUCCCAGUAUACCACGUCCACCGCCACCCCUCUGUCCCAGUAUACCAGGUCCACCGCCACCCCUCUGUCCAAGUAUACCACGUCCACCGCCACCCCUCUGUCCAAGUAUACCACGUUUACCGCCACCCCCCUGUCCAAGUAUACCGCGUCCACCGCCACCCCUCUGUCCAAGUAUACCGCGUCC